GUACCUAAUGCCAUCCUCAAGUGCCAGAGGGCCGGCAUCACCGUGCGCAUGGUUACCGGGGACAACAUCAACACUGCCCGUGCCAUAGCAACCAAGUGUGGCAUCCUGUUGCCGGGCGAGGACUUCCUGUGUCUGGAGGGCAAAGAGUUCAACCAGCUGAUCCGUAACGACCAGGGAGAGGUGAGACACACCACAGGACUUUUAUUUUGAAAGGGGACUUUUUAUUAUGAUAUAGUAGAGGUGAGACAGGCUUGGGGACUAAGUUAUGUAGUAGUACUAACAUUGAGAGGGAUGCACUUGUUUAAGUUGUUCAUUGCUCGAGGUUCAGUCCCUCUGACUGUGUCCUCCUGUGCUCUAGGUGGAGCAAGAGCGUCUGGACAAGGUGUGGCCCAAGCUGCGUGUGCUGGCUCGCUCCUCUCCCACUGACAAACACACUCUUGUCAAAGGUGGGUUAAAGCUGUCACAUCUCUCCUUUUCUUGUUUUUCCUCCCCUCCUCCUUCCAAAAAUGUGUUAUCUCUUUCAUGUGUGAUCGACACACACAGCGGACCCAGGGGUCUCUAGCACUGCCAUCCCCCUCAGCCCAACCCAGUUUUCUUCAAAGACUAGCAUGUUUCAUCUCAGUUAGGGGUGGUGGAGUGGUGGAGAGAGAGGUACAGGCCAGGUGAGGCAUAAUGCCAGGUGUGGGUCAUGAAUAUGGAGACUCUUGACUAGCAGACUAACCGUAAAAAACACAGAAUUUCCGUCACUGAAAAAGCAAAUGAAAUGGGAAAAAGGCCAUUUCGAAAUAUUGGGGGACCGACAUUAGUUAGUUAUGUUCGUCCAACAAAAUUCAAUUCCCUCGAUGUCUGUCUCAGUGAAUGUGUAUACUGCUGUCCUGUGUACUGAGAUCUGAGGGGUGUGGUCUUGUUCAUCUCCCUCAGGUAUCAUGGACAGCACCGUCCUCGAGACACGACAGGUGGUGGCUGUGACGGGCGACGGAACUAACGAUGGCCCCGCCCUAAAGAAGGCUGAUGUCGGAUUCGCUAUGGUAAUGCUCUCCAUUCAUGUCGGUCUGUUUUCAUGGUUCCCUUGUCACUACUUUCCUUCCAGUUUUCCUCCCUCUUAUUUUCUUAGAAAAUAAUUGUUAGAGAGAACCUAUUAAGUAUUUACGAUUACACAACAGCCAUGGAAAGCUAAUUUUGCCCAAACCUCAUCCCUGCAACUCUCCAAUUUACUCCAAGUGCCCCCAUUAAUUGGAUAUUAAAUAAUUAGAGGGAGUAACGAUUGGAUAAAUCUGCUUAUCACCAGACAAGCCCCACUACAUUCACACACACACUGCACCCUUCGUAGAAAGACCUCUGGGUUUGUGAGUUACAGAAUUAGAGUGUGUGUGCGUGUGUGUGCGUGUGUGUGUGUGUGUGUGUGUGUGUGUGUGUGUGAGCGUGCAUGUGUAAGCGUAUGCUUGUGUGUAUCUGCCCAUUAUACUGUGUGUUUAUCUGUGUGCUUGGCAGCCCGUGUCAGUAUGUCGUUGUGAGGAGCCUUGUUUUGGAUUAGCAGUCACCCCUGUGGUUCAGUUAAAUCCCAGCCCAAUAUAGUCCACUUCACAUUAAUUCAGACUGCCUGCCAUCUCGUUCGACCGCCAAACAGUGGACUACACUCCCUCGUUGAGCCCGUGUCACGCUAACGGGGAGACCCCACAGCCAGGGGGAGGGGGAGGGGGAGGGGGGAGAGAGAAGGAGGGAGAGAGAGAGAUUACAAAGUCCCACAUAGAUCUUCAUGAAACACUCACUGUCCUUGUAUGUAAUGAGGAAAAUGGCCUAAGUGAGUUAAACAAAGCUUUGAGGGAAGGAGAAAGAAAAUUAAAAGCACAGUGAUUGAAAAUAUAAAGGAUAAUGAUAUAGCCCAGGGUAUUAGUUGCCCCAAAUGUUCUGUGUAGACGAAGGGUCGCGGAGAGAUGAAAUAUUUUUAAUAGCCUUUCUUUGUCUCCUUCCCUUUCUUCUCCAAAGUUAAUUGACUCGCAUGAUUGAGAGGAGAAAAGGGCAGAUGUUAAAGGGGUGGAAUGAAGUACCAACAUAUAAUGAAAUGCUGACGGCUUGCUUGCUAGUUCUUUUCACCAGGACUCAAACUUUGACACUUAACACCGUGGGUACUGGUUACUCACCUUCAUCCACCUGGCUGAUGCACGGCAGCCAUUUUGUGCUGAACCGCUCACCACUCAUCAGCUGUCAAUGAUGUAGCUGGUUCAAUGUCUCUGACUGACUGCAACUUUUAUUUAACCUUUAUUUAUCCAGACAAGUCAAUUAAGAACAAAUUCUUAUUUUUAAUGAUGGCCUGCCGAACUGAGGUCACUUCUGGCACAAAAUGGCUGCCAUGCAUCAGCCGGGUACAGUAGAUUGGUGUUACACAUUGGUGGUGGAUUAGGUGAGUUCCCCAUACAUUUGUAAAGCCAUUGAGAUCUAAUCGAAAGCACAAUAUAAAUGCAAUUCAUUAUUAGUAGGCCUAAAGGGAAUAUGUAAUAACAUACAAUGAGGGAAAAAAGUAUUUGAUCCCCUGCUGAUUUUGUAUGUUUGCCCACUGACAAAGAGAUGAUCAGUCUAUAAUUUUAAUGGUAGGUUUAUUUGAACAGUGAGAGACAGAAUAUCAACAACAAAAUCCAGAAAAACGCAUUUAAAAAAUGUUAUAAAUUGAUUUGCAUUUUAAUGAGGGAAAUAAGUAUUUGACCCCCUCUCAAUCAGAAAGAUUUCUGGCUCCCAGGGGUCUUUUAUACUGAGAUUAGGAGCACACUAUUAAAGGGAGUGCUCCUAACUUCAGUUUGUUACCUGUAUAAAAUACACUUGUCCACAGAAGCAAUCAAUCAAUCAGAUUCCAAACUCUCCACCAUUGCCAAGACCAAAGAGCUCUCCAAGGAUGUCAGGGACAAGAUUGUAGACCUACACAAGGCUGGAAUGGGCUACAAGACCAUCGCCAAGCAUCUUGGUGAGAAGGUGACAACAGUUGGUGCGAUUAUUCGCAAAUGGAAGAAACACAAAAUAACUGUCAAUCUCCCUCGGCCUGGGGCUCCAUGCAAGAUCUCACCUCGUGGAGUUGGAAUGAUCAUGAGAACGGUGAGGAAUCAGCCCAGAACUACACGGGGGGGGGGGGGAUCUUGUCAAUGAUCUCAAGGCAGCUGGGACCAUAGGCACCAAGAAAACAAUAGGUAACACACUACGCCGUGAAGGACUGAAAUCCUGCAGCGCCCGCAGGGUCCCCCUGCUCAAGAAAGCACAUAUACAGGCCCGUCUGAAGUUUGCCAAUGAACAUCUGAAUGAUUCAGAGGAGAACUGGGUGAAAGUGUUGUGGUCAGAUGAGACCAAAAUCGAGCUCUUUGGCAUCAACUCAACUCGCCGUGUUUGGAGGAGGAGGAAUGCUGCCUAUGACCCCAAGAACACCAUCCCCACCGUCAAACAUGGAGGUGGAAACAUUAUGCUUUGGGGGUGUUUUUCUGCUAAGGGGACAGGACAACUUCACCGCAUCAAAGGGACGAUGGACGGGGUCAUGUACCGUCAAAUCUUGGGUGAGAACCUCCUUCCCUCAACCAGGGCAUUGAAAAUGGGUCGUGGAUGGGUAUUCCAGCAUGACAAUGACCCAAAACACACGGCCAAGGCAACAAAGGAGUGGCUCAAGAAGAAGCACAUUAAGGUCCUGGAGUGGCCUAGCCAGUCUCCAGACCUUAAUCCCAUAGAAAAUCUGUGGAGGGAGCUGAAGGUUCGAGUUGCCAAACGUCAGGCUCGAAACCUUAAUGACUUGGAAAAUAUCUGCAAAGAGGAGUGGGACAAAAUCCCUCCUGAGAUGUGUGCAAACCUGGUGGCCAAGUACAAGAAACGUCUGACCUCUGUGAUUGCCAACAAGGGUUUUGCCACCAAGUACUAAGUCAUGUUUUGCAGAGGGGUCAAUUACUUAUUUCCCUCAUUUAAAAUGCAAAUCAAUUUAUAACAUUUUUGACAUGCGUUUUUCUGGAUUUUGUUGUUGUUAUUCUGUCUCUCACUGUUCAAAUAAACCUACCAUUAAAAUUAUAGACUGCUCAUGUCUUUGUCAGUGGGCAAACGUACAAAAUCAGCAGGGGAUCAAAUACUUUUUUCCAUCACUGUAUAAAAACAAUGGGUACGAUCACUGCCAUUACCAUCAUCAUCAACCUCAUCGUCAUCCCUAUAAACGUAACCCCUCCCUCUCUGUCUCCUGAUAGGGUAUUGCCGGUACUGAUGUGGCUAAGGAAGCAUCUGACAUCAUUCUGACUGACGAUAACUUCACCAGCAUCGUCAAGGCUGUGAUGUGGGGCCGCAACGUCUACGACAGCAUCUCCAAGUUCCUCCAGUUCCAGCUCACUGUCAACGUGGUGGCCGUCAUCGUUGCCUUCACUGGCGCCUGCAUCACACAGGUAACACACUUACCAUUUGAUCCUUCUUGAAAUUCAAUAAGAAAUGGAGAGAAAAAAAGACCCACCGACACACACCUCCUCUCUCUCUCCCGCUCUCUCUCUCUCUCUCUCUCACACUUCCACUCCCCCUCUACCUCCCUCUUUUCCUCCCUCUCUCCAGGACUCUCCUCUGAAAGCGGUGCAGAUGUUGUGGGUUAACCUGAUCAUGGACACCCUGGCAUCCCUGGCUCUGGCCACCGAGCCCCCCACUGAGUCCCUGUUGCUGAGGAAGCCGUACGGCCGCAACAAGCCCCUGAUCUCCCGCACCAUGAUGAAGAACAUCCUGGGUCACGCCGUCUACCAGCUCACCAUCAUCUUCACCCUGCUGUUCGCUGGUGAGACCAUCAUACACUGAAACACAGAGUUAGACCCCACUGGAACACACAGAGUUAGACCCCGCUGGAACACAGGGAGGUAGACCCCGCUGGAACACAGGGAGUUAGACCCCGCUGGAACACAGGGAGUUAGACCCCGCUGGAACACAGGGAGUUAGACCCCGCUGGAUCACACAGAGUCAGACCACACUGAAAUCCUGUGUAGCUCAGUUGGUAGAGCAUGGUGUUUGCA